AUGUCGCCCUUGUCUACUAAUAGCGCUACUUUUAAGAGACGCUUUUUUAACAAGCUUGAUAAAGAAGAACCAGAGCGUUUACUCGACCAAAAAGAAGCUGAAUCGUCCAGAUCCACAGAUUUGUCUACUUUCGUUGGCUCAAAUGCCUUCGUUGCUUCUCAGAAUAGCUCAUCAAACAAUGUGUCCAAGUUUGAGCUUGCACUUAAGGCUCUUUCAAUGAAAGUACAUACUAGCACUGCAGAAAUUUACAUAAUGCCUUUAGAGAUUUCGAAGUACCCAUACACUAUUGGGCCCACUGAAUCUGUUUUCAAGCAAACCUAUAUGAAAAGUGUUUCGGUAGAGACUGAUGAUAGAACAGAUAUUGGUUUAAGAGCAGAAGAUAACGAAGAAAGCUCAUUAACUUUGUUCCAAGUUAAUACUUUAACUCUGUGA